AUGUUAAAUACGUUAAUUUCAAACUCAAAUUCAAAAAUCAGUGAAGCCGAAUUUCGAUUCGACCAACUUCAAAAACAUUUUGAUGAUUAUGAUGUUCAAUACGCCUUCGGUUCGGAAGAUGAUACUGGUAUAAUUAAAAAGAUAAAAUAUGAUUCAACAACAAAUACAUUCAAUGGAUUUCCUACACCACUUGAUCAUGGAGUACCAAUUAAAGAAUAUCAUCAAACGAAUUCAUUUGAUACAUUUAAGUUAUAG